GACGCAAGAAUUUUGAAGUUUUCUUUAAAGAAAGACAAACUCUUGAAAAGCUUAGCAUCAACAAAGUUUCUCAGUUCUUCCAGAAACAUCAACUAAGUUUCUCAAUUUCUGCUGUGGUUGUUGUGGGUUUGGAGGAUCUGAGAUUGAGAGAGAGCAAGAUGGCAACUUUUGGAGGGACAACCCAAAAGUGCAAGGCUUGUGAGAAAACUGUCUACUUCGUUGAAGAGCUUACUGCUGAUAACAAAGUGUAUCAUAAGGCCUGUUUCAGAUGUCACCAUUGCAAGGGUACCCUCAAGCUAAGCAACUAUUGCUCAUUUGAGGGUGUUUUAUAUUGCAAACCUCACUUUGAUCAACUGUUUAAGAGGACUGGCAGCUUGGAUAAAAGUUUUGAAGGAGCUCCAAAAACUGUUAGGGUUGACAGAUCAGCAGACCAGGUCACCAACAGUAGAGUUUUAAGCAUGUUUGCUGGAACUCAAGAAAAAUGUGUUGCAUGUAAGAAAACUGUUUAUCCAAUUGAAAAGGUGCAAGUUGAUGGUGUGCCUUACCACAAGGCCUGUUUCAGGUGCAGCCAUGGGGGCUGUGUGAUUAGCCUGUCAAACUAUGUAACCCAUGAGCAACGUCUCUACUGCAGACAUCACCACAAUCAACUCUUCAAGCAAAAGGGUAACUUCAGCCAGCUUGACAAGCAUGAGCGUGUCAAUGGGGUGACUGAGAACACUGUGGCCUAGAGAUACUGUCAACCGGAAACAUGUCUAUCAUUGGAAUAAGUUUGCAAGCAAAAGCUCAAUGGAACUUUUGAAGAAUACAAGCAGAGCUGUUGGCCAGUUUACAUUUUACAUGGUAAAUAUGUAAUAUGUUAUCUUGCAGGAAUAUUCAGCAUCGUUUUCAGUUUGGUACAGAAGUUUUGUGUGCGAGAUUCUGAAUGAAUAUCAUUUUGAAAUGUCUUUCUCAAUGAAUUAUGUUGAUAUUAAACAAAAUCCUGUUUGGUAUUACAGUUAAUUUAACAAAUAGCUUAUUAACUA